AAUUCGCCGAGGACAUCAAGUUUAUCAGCAGGUGUGUGCAUCAUGCCACAGCAUGUCUAUGUUGGCUUAUCGCGACCUCACUGGAGUUGCCUACACAGAGGAGGAGGUCAAGGCUAUGGCUGAAGAGAUUGAAGUGGAGGACGGACCCAACGAUGAAGGCGAGAUGUUUACGCGUCCGGGGAAACCAUCCGAUUAUUUCCCGAAGCCUUAUGCGAACGAGCAAGCAGCUCGCUUUGCCAACAAUGGGGCUUACCCUCCAGACCUUAGCCUUAUUACAAAGGCAAGUUGACGUCACUUCAGUGCUGAAAAGAAAAACCUUUUUGCUUGCGGAUGUAUUCAUUUCUUGCGAACUGGACAUUUUUCAAUUAGCGAAUGAUCAAAGUGAACAAUGAAUGUUGCAUAUGCUU